UAAUUCCCCAUUAAUCCAACAAAUUUUCCAAUGGCCCGCUGACGCAAGCUGAAGGGGAAAGUAGACAAAAAAAAAAGACGAACAAGUUGUCAUGGAUUCAAUCUCGAUUUACAUGCAUUUCAAACGGAGGCCACACACCACUUCCGUUGCAACGGAGGAUAGAACGUACCAGUUCACAUAUAUUAGCCCGCCCUACUUUGCAUAUGCACAGAUCAGACACACAGGCUUUGGAUUACUUGAACUCUCUUUACAUCAAGACCAUUUAACUUCAUGUGAGUAAGAGGGGGGCAGAGACUAAUUAUGAUAGGAGUAGGAAAGGCUGCAGAGUGUCUACAGAUUCCAUUACACUUGUGGUAAGUGCCAUUCAAGUUGGCUUCUGUCAGCUGCUGUUCCGCUGGUGCUAGCUUCAUUUUCUUAUUCAAUUCUAUGCUUGGGAUCAACUGGCUUUGUGGGUUUUUGCUAGUGUUUUCAAUUGCAAAUGAUGCCACAGCCCAGGCAAUCAGAGAGAUAGAAAAAAGAAAAAAGAGCUUUUUAGACUGUAGGAAUCCAAUAGCCCCUACAAAUUACAGUGUGCCAAUAUAAGAAAAGAAGAGCUUUGAAGAGGGACUCAGUCUGAGUCUUUCUUUCUUGUGUGGGUUUUCAUCAUAAUCAUCUGUAUUGUUGGUUUGUCCAACAUGACAGCCUUACCCUCACCAGGAACUGCAGCCACCAGUCUCUAUACAGAAGUCAUACAAGACACUCGUUCUUCUUCUCCUAUUUCAAUUUCUGCCACCAACAGCAAAAGCAAAAGAAAACGCCGCCCUGCAGGAACCCCUGAUCCAGAUGCUGAGGUGGUGGCAUUGUCGCCAAAGACUUUGUUGGAAUCUGAUAGAUAUGUAUGCGAAAUAUGCAACCAGGGCUUCCAGAGAGACCAAAAUCUGCAAAUGCAUAGGCGCCGACACAAGGUGCCGUGGAAGCUUCUAAAGAGGCCUACUCCAGAGGUUCGCAAGCGUGUUUACAUUUGUCCCGACAAAAACUGCAUGCACCACAAUCCAUGUCAUGCUCUUGGCGACCUGGUUGGCAUCAAGAAACACUUCAGGCGGAAACACAGCAUCGAGAAGCAAUGGAAGUGUGAGAAGUGCUCCAAGGGAUAUGCAGUUCAAUCUGAUUACAAAGCCCAUCUCAAAACCUGUGGAACCAGAGGCCAUUCUUGUGAUUGUGGCAGAGUCUUCUCAAGAGUGGAGAGCUUCAUUGAACACCAGGACCAUUGCAAUGCAGCUAAAGAAAGAGCAACUUUGGCAUACAAUGAUUCCCCAAGCCAACCUUCCUUACCUGUGAGAAAGAGAAUCUCCAACGAAGAUCUGAAUGGGUUUGGGUUUUCAUCCUCCAAUACACCAUUUAAUUGUGGCAAGUUUCAGGACCAAUAUUAUAUGAACAUGGAGCAGCAAAGAGAGCUUCAAUUAAUUUCUUCCAAUGCCCCAGAAACAGCACUGGCGGUUGCAGCGGGUAAUAAUGGAGGCACUGCUCUAGUAAUAGAUGAUCAUAUAAGACAGCCAGCGACCGACCUUUCAGUGGCAUUGGAGAGAUAUAAUGAUAACAGCAGCUCCUCCUUGAGUACCACAGAAGAAGCUUCAGAUAUGUCCCAAAGUGGUGCCUGGUUGCAGCUCUCUAUUGGGUCUUGCACCCAUUAUGAAAAGAAACAGCAUGUCAAAACAGGGCGCAGAGCCACGGGACUAACGCUCUCAUUACAAAAUAUUUCUCUACAUUCCAUCCAGUAGAUCAUUAUCAGAAAUGGCAGGAGAAGCAAGAAAAGCAUAUUCAUAGAUCAUGCAGAAACAACAUGGUAGUGAAGGCAUGCAAACUGGUUGAUCGCAUUAGUUACCAACAUAUGAGUGGGACUGUAAUAAGGAAAUAUCAUGAUGACAAAUGUGGUGGAGAAUCCAUAACAUAGUCCUCCUGGAAUGCGGCCUCUGAAUCUACAUGAUAGAUGAGAAGAAAACAAAAAGAUUUUUUUGGCAUGAUUAGUUUUUAGUUUCAAUUUUGUAUAUUUUUAAAUCAGAUCACACUGAGUAAUCUAUCAUCAGAAUCAUCAGAAAGAAACACUUGUUUGUGAGUGUGGAUGGUGGUUCUUUUAUUUUUGUAACCAACUUGUUUCCUUGGUGUUU